CCUCGAAGAUACCGUACUCCAUUUUACAAAAAUACAUGGAGAUUUCACGUGGAUGAAGAUGGCAGGCACCGGUGAUUCAUCGAAAAUAAAUGCGAUUCCUGACAUAAAAGUAGACAAGCCAGAGAUCAGUGAUGUCGACAGAGAAAAAGCAGAGGCUCUCAAAGAUAAAGCUAAUACAUUUUUCAAAGCUCAAGAUUUUCAACAGGCAAUCACCUAUUACUCCGAGGCUAUAGAGAUCAACCCCACAGUAGCUGCUUUCUAUGGGAAUAGAAGUUUUGCCUACUUGAAGACAGAAUGCUUUGGGUCAGCGUUGGAAGAUGCAAGCAAGGCCUUGGAACUAGACAAGUCUUAUAUCAAGGGAUACUACAGGAGAGCCACAGCUAACAUGGCUCUUGGGAAAAUCAAGAUAGCAUUGAAAGACUAUGAAAUGGUGGUGAAGUACAGACCGAAUGAUAAGGAUGCCAGGACCAAGUACACAGAAUGCAGUAAACUGGUCAAACAACAGGCCUUCGAGAGGGCCAUCCGAGGCAACCCUGAGGAUAAGAAGUCUGUCAUCGAUACCAUUAAUCUAGAAAACAUGAUCAUUGAAGGGGACUAUGAAGGGCCCGCUCUGGAGAAUGACAAAGUUACCAAAGACUUUAUGGUGAAGCUUUUACAACAUUUCAAAGAUGAAAAAACACUCCAUAGAAAGUAUGCUUAUACGAUGUUAGUACAAAUCUUAGCGAUGUUUAAGAAGUUACCUAGCUUGUGUGACAUCACAAUACCAGAAGGCAAGAAGUUCACAGUAUGCGGCGAUAUUCACGGACAGUUCUAUGAUCUACUCAAUAUAUUUGAGAUCAAUGGCUUACCGUCAGAAGAAAAUCCAUAUCUAUUUAAUGGUGACUUUGUAGACAGGGGGUCUUUCUCUGUAGAAGUUAUUCUCACACUCUUUGGGUUCAAGCUGCUUUAUCCUGAUCACUUCCAUUUAUCAAGAGGUAACCAUGAAAGUGACACGAUGAAUCAGAUGUAUGGUUUCUAUGGAGAGGUGAGAUCCAAGUACACCAAUCACAUGGCGGAUCUCUUCCAAGAGGUCUAUAACUGGCUACCUCUGGCACAGCUCAUCAAUAACAAAGUCCUGGUCAUGCACGGAGGGCUGUUCAGUCAAGACAACGUAACGAUAGACGACCUGAGAAGUAUAGAUAGGAACAGACAGCCGCCGGAAUCGGGUUUGAUGUGUGAGUUACUUUGGUCUGAUCCCCAGCCUAGGCCGGGUAGGUCACCCAGCAAGAGAGGUGUCGGGAUCCAGUUUGGUCCAGAUGUCACCAAGAAAUUCCUGGAACACAACAACUUGGAGUACAUCGUCAGGAGUCAUGAAGUUAAGAACGAUGGCUAUGAGAUAACUCAUGAUGGGAAGUGCAUUACAGUGUUUUCAGCGCCUAAUUACUGUGAUCAAAUUGGCAACAAAGGGGCUUUCAUUAAUCUAGGUUCAGACCUCAAACCAAACUUUAAGACGUAUGAAGCAGUGCCUCAUCCUAACGUCAGACCGAUGGCCUAUGCAAAUUCGAUGUUUGGAUUCAUGUGAUGAUACCUUCAUUCUUAGUUAAUUAAAGACACUGUGUGUUUGUGUGUGUUGAUUUCUACCAAAUGGACAUCAUUCUGCCAGCUUUCGCCUGUCUACCGUUAGUCACCCUAACUUUAUCGGAAUCCCUGCAUUGCGUGGAAGCUGCUCUAGGUGGAAGGUACAACACACCCCAACAAAAUUUGGAUUUGAAUAGAUGGAGAAACUCAAACAAGCAAAACACUGAAAAUUUCAUCAAAAUCGAAAGUUUGGAUAUUUUGCAUAUUGGCAUGAAAGGGUGAUACGCAAAUGAGAGAGCUGAUAAUGUCAGAAGCUUGGUACUUUUGUUGUAUUUUAUUUUUGAAAUAUCAAAUAUUUCAGUUUUUUAGUAAAGAAUGGUAAACAUGGUUUGAUUUCAUAUGGCAAAUGUAAAAUCAUUUGUGUAAUUGUGCUUUGGUGAAGGACUUUUUACCAUCAACUCUUCUAAAAAAAUCAGUGCUUAUCUGAUUUUUUUUUUAAUUUGUUCAAAUCAUCUUCUUGUUGGGAUGGACUUGAUGAUCUUCCAGGUUUGGUGUUAGUGUUGAAAGUGUUAAUAAUGCUUCUGAAAUGGCAUUGGUAGCUCAACACCAAGUGAUGUUAACACCCAACACCGGCUUCAUAUCAAUUUGGUGUUAUGAAACACGAUUAAACAUGGUCAUCUUUCCACAAUACAUGGCGUCUUGUCUUCAUCUGUAUCCAAGUGUAUCCAGCAUGUCAUCAAUGUCUGUCUCAAGAUCUCUCGACUUGCAUCAAUGCGAACCUUUCACUUCACAGAAACACAGAGGAAUUAUAAAAAAAGAAAAUCCCAAUUGACGACUGCCACCAAGUACCCUAUGUGGAUGCUCAGGUAUAGCACUACAUAUCUAUCAAUUCACAAAUUGUUAAGCUUUUGUUCUCAACGCACACAUAAGAAUUUUUGAAGAGUUACCUUGUAAUUUUGGCUACUGAGUGUAGCCUUCCUCAGCGAUGUGACCCGAUUUGACCUUAGUGAUGCAAUGGUCAUGCCAUAGAUAUUCGGAAGCUUGCCAUGAUCACGUCAAUCAAUUUAUUUGAAGCAAUGAAGAUUUCCAGAGCAAAAAUGUUCACCUGUUGGAUUGGAGAAGCAGAUGAAAGAUUGUUUAUCCAUUCAAGCAGAAACUGCAGAAGAAAUUGCUUCGCUUUUCCUACCCAUGUGUUCAAUGGUUGUAUCAUCAAUAUUCGCAAUGUCUGCCAAGAAGCUUUUGAAGGGAAAGUCCUCUCUAACAAAAGUUAGUAUAGAAAAAUAGAGAGAAAUCAAGCAAGCAUAACGCCAAAUAUUUCAUGAAAAUCGGAUGUAAAAUACGAAAGUUGUGAUGUUUUUAUGUUCACAUGCUAGUCAUCGUGGAAAUUAGGAAAUCUGUUUUACAUCACCAGCUUACUAUUUCUCUUGUAUUUUAUUGUGUGAAAUAUGGAAUAUCUUAAUUUCCUCAGAGCUUUCAACAAAACAGUCAGACCGCAGGUCCCUAUGCUAAUGAGCAAAAAGGCCAGAUUCAUCCAAAUCAUCUCGUGGCUGAAUCCAC